AUGAACGAAAUGAACGAAAUGAAUCAAAACACUAGCGCCUCAGGUAUGACGAGUGGGGUUGACCAGCAUCGUCCGUUUCCCUGUGAUCAAUGCUCAAAGUUGUUUACGCGGAGUGAAAACCUACAGCGGCAUAAGCGUGCACAAAAUCAAAUAUUCAUGCUCUACAAGGUCACGGCGGUGCUUCGCGCAAGAAUUUUCAGUGUAGCAGAUGUCAUGCUCGAUUCUCUCGAAGGUCUUGUUUCUAUUUUCAUACUCGCCAUGCAUUGCAAUAACACUAAUAAUUUUGCAGCGACGUGUAUAAACGACAUGGUGAUCGUUGCCGCGCGACAGGAUCCCCAAUCCAGAUAUCUCAGCCGCAGGUGCCGUGGGAGGGCAAUGGGCGGCGUACCGUCACCUUUGACCACCACCCGCAACCCAACCGAACGUGUUGUGACCGACGAAGCUUUCUGGGAAGAGCAUAGUACAUUUGCUACUGAACUACCCCAGAGCUUUUCCUCUUCCUCGCCGAGGUAUGCUUGCUUGCCUUGA